AUUCAAUGAAUGUAGACUUUUGACCACUGUGCUCAGAAGAUCCUUCCAUUGUUUUUUUCGUUGCGAUGUCAUCACAGCUUACGUCGAGCUCGGUACAGAGGAGGAUUAUUAUUAUGUAAGACCCGCCUCGUUCCUUCACUUAAUAUUAUUCUUAAAGGUGUCUAUGGUGGGCAACAAGAUCAGAUUUUGAGAGUAAAAAUGGUGAAGGCAUGGUUUUAUAACGAGUAUGGAUCUGUAGACGUUCUGCAAUUUGGGGAAAUCAAAGCUCCAAGUGCAGGGCCUGGCCACAUUUUGAUGAAAGUUCGUGCAGCUGCUCUUAAUCCUGCGGAUUACAAGAUUCGCCAACAUGGCAUCGCGCGCAGCGCGGAUGCCCCUUUUCCUGCGGUGCCGGGGUGCGAUGUAGCAGGAAUCGUUGCCGACGUGGGCGAAGGUGUGUCGAAAUUUAAGAAGGGCGACGAAGUUUACGGCGACAUUCAAGAUUUCACGGUUGGAAACCCUAAGCAGGUGGGCACUCUGGCAGAAUUCACGGUGGCGGAAGAGCAUCUGUUGGCUUUGAAGCCCAGCAAUUUGUCUUUCGAGGAAGCCGCCAGUCUGCCGCUUGCGCUCUUAACUGCGCUGCAGGCGUUCGACACAGUUGAUUUUCAGAAGGGGCAGAGCGUGUUUAUUGUGGGAGGCGCAGGCGGCGUGGGCACUCUCGCUAUCCAGCUGGCAAAGCAUGUUUUCGAAGCUUCUAGAAUUGUUUCGACUUGCAGCGCAGGGAAAGCGGAAUUUGUGAAAAGCCUGGGAGCCGAUCUGGUGGUGGAUUACACCAAGCAGAGCUACGAGCAAGUGGAUGAGAAAUUCGAUUUUGUUUUUGACACCAUAGGCGAAUCGUUCAAAUCUCAUGUGGUUGCAAAGGAGGGGGGUAAAAUUGUGGACAUUGCAUCAUUUCCCCCGCAUUCGAGUGCAGUGAGCAUGAUUGUGAAACCCCAAGGCAGCAAUCUGGAAAGGCUGGGAAAAUACAUACGGAGCGGUAAACUGAAACCUGUGAUCGAUCCGAAAAGCCCCUACGCUUUUUCUGAUGUUGUGGAGGCAUUCAAACACCUGGAGAGCGCGCGAGCGAGAGGAAAGAUUGUAAUUUCCCCCAUUGAAUGAGCGUAGAAUUUCGUUGCAAAAUCGGUCCUGAUAAGACUGACAUGAACGUUCAUGGUGAGGGAUCUGUUCUUAUCUGAUCCAAAGAGCUGCUGACUUGGCAUUUUUGUUUCACACUCUUCAAUUAAAGUAUAUUUGGUAUAA